AUGACGGAAAAGUCUCUGGAGGCGGAGAAAGGAUUGCAUCUUAACUCCCCGACAAAUUCAACCGAACGACUCACAGACACAACAAAGAACGCCGCGGAUAGCAUAUGUAAAGCUAUAACAGGUCCAACAGGCCCUCCGAACCCUUCAGCCCCCCCGGGGACUGGGAAACCUUUUGGACCUGGCAUGGGCCCCGCGGUCGAGUACCCCCGAGGUUUCAAGCUUUACUCGAUCAUCAUCUCGCUUUACCUCGCUGGCUUUUUGACUGCACUGGACCGUACUAUUGUCGUCAACGCCAUCCCCAGCAUCACAGAUCAGUUCAAUUCCAUCGACGAUGUCGGCUGGUACGGUAGCGCAUAUCUUUUGACGUUCUGUGCCUUUCAGCUGCUAUUCGGAAAGAUCUACUCGUUCUACAAUCCGAAAUGGGUGUUUGUGACGGCAGUGGUCAUCUUCGAAAUCGGAUCGGCUAUCUGUGGUGCUGCGCCCAAUUCGACGGCUCUGAUCAUCGGUCGAGCAAUCGCAGGCUUGGGAUCGUCUGGUAUCUUUGGCGGUAGUGUGAUUAUUACCUUCUUUACCGUUCCGUUACAUAUGCGACCUAUAUACUCGGGGAUUGUCAGUGUGAUCUUUGCCAUCGCAUCCGUCACAGGCCCCCUGAUCGGCGGUGGCUUCACACAACAUGUGAGCUGGCGCUGGUGUUUUUAUAUCAAUCUACCCAUCGGCGGCGUGGCUAUUAUUGCUAUCAUACUGGUGCUGCAGAUGCCCCCUGCGCGCAAGGCCGGUACACCUGUGCGAGAGCAGAUCUUACAAAUGGAUCCUUUGGGCAAUCUGUGCCUCAUUCCCGGGGUGGUAUGCUUGCUGCUUGCUCUGCAAUGGGGCGGAGCCACCUAUGCUUGGAACAACGGGCGUAUCAUUGCAUUGCUGGUUCUGGCGGCAGUGCUGCUAGUGGCUUUCAUUGGCAUUCAAAUCUGGCUACAGGAUAGAGCCACCAUUCCACCACGUGUGAUGAAGCAGCGCAGUAUCGCCGCCGGGGUUGCCUUCACUUUGAUGGUCACCGCAGCUAUGAUGACUUUUACCUUCUAUCUACCAAUCUGGUUCCAAGCCAUCAAGUCCGCCUCGCCUGUGAGCUCCGGUGUCAUGAUGCUACCAACAGUCAUAUCCUCUGCAUUAGCUAGUCUUAUAGCAGGGUUUCUAAUUCAUCGUAUCGGAUAUUACACACCGUUUAUGAUCGGUGGAUCCGUACUCAUGGCGAUCGGGGCUAGUCUUCUGACGACAUUUACUCCAAACAUCAGCGAAGGCAAAUGGAUUGGGUAUCAAAUUCUUUGGGCUGUGGGAUGCGGAAUGAGCAUGCAACAAGCGUCUUUGGCGGCCCAGGCCGUUCUUCCGCGCCAGGAUGCUCCAAUUGGCAUUUCUCUGAUCUUCUUCGCGCAAUCUCUAGGUGGAUCGAUAUUUCUCGCUGUUGAUCAGGCUGUGUUCAGCAACAAGCUAUCCACUAACCUAGGCGAUAUGUCCCGCAUCACUGGCAACGGAGUCACCAGCGUCCAGAGUCAUGUCAGCCCGCAAGAUCUGCCGCAGUUCCUGAAUGGGUACAACGGAGCGGUGGUGAGUGUGUUUCGCGUAGCCCUGGCCACUUCUUGCGCAUGUGCCGUGGCGGCUGCUUGUAUGGAAUGGAAGAGUGUCAAGGCUGAGAAAGGUGGUCCUGGAGGACCAGCGAAGCCGGACAUAAGCCCUGGAAAGGGCACUGCAGCAUAA